GUCUCAUCUCACUCUCUUCUUAAUCUCCUCGAUCCCAUAUCAAUUUAAUUCGAUUCGACAUGUCGGGCAUCAUUCCUACGGACAAGAAGCAACUUAGAGCCUGUCUACUUUGCUCGCUUAUCAAGAAGCAAGAACAGUUUUUCAAGAAUGGAUGCGACAAUUGCGAAUCACUGCUGGAGAUGCGAGGGCACAUGGAUAGGGUCAUGGACUGUACCAGCCAGCACUACGAUGGUGCAAUUGCUGUGAUGCAGCCUUCAGAGAGCUGGGUCGCCAAGUGGCAGCGCAUCGAUAAAUUCGAAAAGGGCAUCUACGCAGUUCAGGUGCAAGGACGUUUGCCCGAGGAUAUUGAGGACGAUCUAGAAUCAAAGGGUAUCAAGUACCGACCAAGGGAUGGAUCGGCUAGAGAUUAAAUAGCUCAACUUGAAUCGCCUUAUUUCCUUGGAUCUUUGUCGCACCAUCAUCAGAAGCGUUUCACAAAAUCAAACAACACCCUGUACAAUAAAUCAUUCUCUCAGUCCUAG